UGGCCGAGUUUGUUUAUUUUACGAAUUUAAUUUCUUUCGAAAAUAAAGUAAAUAGGCUAUAUUAUGUCUUCGCCGACAGAAGAAAGCGUACGGCGCAACAGCGAAAGCGAAGGAGGUGAAGCUGAGACGCCAGAACAUGAUCCUCACUUUGAUCCAAUCGUGUCGUUACCUCUUGUCGACGUCCACACGAAUGAAGAGGAAGAGGAGGAACUCGUGAAGAUCCGCGCCAGGCUCUACAGAUAUGACACUGGAGACCAUGAGUGGAAGGAAAGGGGCACAGGUGACAUCAAGUUGCUUCGUCACAAAGUGAACAACACAGUCCGAGUGGUGAUGAGACGUGACAAGACUCUAAAAGUGUGUGCAAAUCACUUCAUCACACCAGAUAUCAGGAUGAAUGUUCACUGCGGUUCUGAUAAGGCCUUCAACUGGUCAGUUUUUGCGGAUUUUGCUGACGAAACCAUGAAACAGGAACUAUUGGCUAUCAAAUUUGGAAAUGCCCAAAAUGCCGAACUUUGGAAAACAAAAUUUGCAGAGGCUCAGGAGAUUGUGAGGACAAAAUGCAGUAUUUACACACAGGACCUGUCUUCAGAUGACGAGAGCAGCAUCACAAGAAGUGAGGACACUGAUUCUCCAGAGCCCAAGCCUAAGGCUUUGGAAAAAGAUGCCAAAAAUGACAAAGAAGAAGCCGAGCCUGAGGGUGUAGUCUUAAAAUUGAAGGAACUGAAAGUGGAAGGUGCGGAAUAAAUUUCAUUUUAAUUUUAAUGUAAUAAGAGGCCAAUAUGUAGUUUGAUGUUGUAAGACAACUACAAAAUGACUUGUUUAUGAUGCAUGAUACUCU